AUGAUCCUUGCAUUCACAGGGGUAUUAGCAUCAUGUGUUCGUUCAUCUAUGGGCAGUGGCGGAUCCAUGAUCGAAGUAAAGGGCAGCAACAGUGAAGGUGACGGAGGGGCAGGAGACUACGCCGGUGGUCCUUUUGCCAUCUUUUUCUUGCUGAUCUCGACUGGUUCCAAUGAAGGGAGAGGGGAGGGACCUUUAGGGAUCGAAAACUACAGCAAUCAAGGCUUAGGGAUGGUAUUUUCCGAUGGUGGCACUCGGGAAGCCAGCAAGGCAGUAGCUAGGGAUUUCUUUUGUAGAGUUUCUGCAUUCGAGUGCAUCAUGGAGUGUUAUACAAUGAGUACAUCAAUACAAGGAUUGUUAUCUGGUCGAUGCAGAAACAAACAAAUAUCAUGGAUUUUGUGGCCAAAUAGAAGCAUUCAUGGAUUUCAAUAUAUAAGAAAUGUUAUUCGUUAUCCCCAUUGUAGACUACUCUGUUUUCCUCCCACUCUUAAUGAACAAUCUUCAUCACUUCAAUCCAAAAAAAACUCAAAUGGUGACGAUGAACAUGUUCUUGAACAACCAAUCGACAAUGAUCAAUUAAAGGCACUUCUUGCUAAUGCUGAAAGGGCAAAGCUUUUAAGAAAGUUGAGUGAAGCUAAUCAACACAAUCGUUAUCUCAAACGUCAGUUACUUGUGAGAGAAGAGGCUUUGGCUGAGUUUAAAAGUGAACUUGCUGUAACAGAACUUGAGAUUCAGGGAUUAUUAAAUAUGGCAAAAGAAAUUGUUAGUUAUGGCAUUCCAGCUGGUUCAAGAAAAAUAAAUGGGAAAUACAUUCAAUCUCUUCUUCUUUUACAAUUACAAGGUGUUCAAGAGAAAUUAAAGAAACAAAUUAAAGAAGUCGAACUUGCACAAUCGAAAGAGGUGUCGUUACACUGGUAUGGUAUGGCAGAGAGUGUGCAAGUUAUGGGGUCUUUUGAUGGAUGGAGUCAUGGAGAAGAUUUAUCGGCAGAGUAUACUGGUUCUUACACGAGCUUUUCUACAUCUAUAAUGCUUAGACCUGGAAGGUAUGAAAUUAAGUUCUUGGUGGAUGGAGAGUGGGCCCUAUCACCCGAAUACCCAACCGUUGGAGAAGGAUUAAUGGAGAACAACUUGUUGAUUGUUGAAUAAUAUGAGGGGUAUUUUUGUCUAUAUAGAAUAAAUUUUUAUUUUUUUACUACGUCUAAUCUAAAAGAUGUAAACAUGUUAUUGUUAUCUUUUUUGUUGACGUAGAGAAGUCGAAUAGUUAUCUUUUACAGAGAUUUUUUUUUUCUUUCUAAAUUUACAUAUUGGUUCAUAAACUUCUUUAGUUUUAUGUUAUGAAGGGGUAUUUUAGGUACUUACUAAAUUCUCUUUCAAAUUAAAUGUUAACCAUAUUACCAU